AUGAAGUUGUACACCACCACCAAGACCUUCGAUGAAGAAGAUCGUGGAAUAUUAAAUUCUACCGGCACUCCUACCCAGUUCAAAGUAGAUUUCCCCGUCGAAAGCUCUUUUUUGUCCUUAUAUAAACCUUACGACUUGGAUGAACUUUUAGCUAAACGAGACGUUGCUACAUCAAAACUCGUGAAAGAGGUGGAAAUCGGUAAAGUAGACGAGGGUAUACCUAUCACGCACAUCCAAGGAUUCACCACGAUUGGCAAACUCUUUUCUAUUAGGUUUGAAGUUGUUCUUAAGGUGAAGCUUGUUGGGUGCAAAGACUUUGACAUGAGGGUUCCGCUCACAGUCAGUCCCUAUGACCGAGCCUCCAGUGACUACCUACUACAGUGGAUAAUGAAGCAAUGCUCCGAAGCCCGUCGCAAGUUUGGUUCUAAUGUUGUCAACUCUUUAAUCAAUUGUCCUAAUUAUGGUUCGAUGAUAGACAUUUUAGUACCAUUCACCCCACCUCCGAUCGUGUACAGGUACCGAAAGCAAGACUGGGUACGGUUGGGCUACAAUGGAGAAGCAUUUGCCUCGAGAACGGGCAAGAUUAUACUAGAUUACAUAGACUAA